AUGGAGAUGGCCAUUAUGAAGGCAGAUUUGCAUGAGGAUAGCGAAACCACCAUGGCUCGAUUUUUGCAUGGUUUGAGGCCGAAGAUUGCCGAAGUAGUGAAACUCCAACAUUAUCUCGACAUGAAUGAAAUGCUAGAAAAGGCGGUCACAGUUGAACGGUGCCUCAAGAGGAGGGGUAGUGCACGAGAAAGCACUACAUACCAAGGUGGAAAUUGGCGCCCUCCUCAACCAAAAAGAGAGGAGAAGGCCACGGCUCCUUCUAACCCUCCAAGGCCGAGUGUCUUUCCUUCCAAGGCAACGGCCAAGACCGAGUUUAAGGCUAAUAAUGGAGCUUUCAAACCUCGUGGCCGAAACACCAAGUGCUUUAAGUGUCAAGGAUUUGGCCAUAUCGCCUCCCAAUACCCCAACCAAAGGACCAUGCUAUUGUUGCCAAAUGGGGAGGUUGUAUCAGAUGAGGAAGAGGAGUAUGAAGGAAUGCCACCUCUAGAGGAGGAAGAAAAUGAUUCAAGUGAGGAGAUACCUACACAUGAGGAGAUCGGUUGCUUAGUGGUUCGAAAGGUCCUUACUACGCGAGCCAAGAAGGAGGAAAUGGAGGUACAACGGGACAAUCUUUUCUACACAAGGUGUCACAUCAAGGAUAAGAAAUUUGAGGACAUAUUCUCUGAGGACGUGCCCAAUGGACUACCACCCCUAAGGGGAAUCAAGCACCAAAUUGACCUCAUUCCGGGCAUCCCACUGCCUAACAAACCUGCCUAUCGAAUGGGCCCUGAGGAAACAAAGGAGUUGCAAAGGCAAGUGGAGGAACUACUAAGGAAAGGUUGGGCUCGAGAAAGUCUAAGUCCAUGUGCUAUACCAGUGAUUCUCGUGCCAAAGAAGGAUGACACCUGGAGAAUGUGCACCGACUGUAGAGCAGUCAACGCUAUCACGGUAAAGUAUCUUCACCCUAUCCCUAGGUUAGAUGAUAUGUUAGAUGAACUGCAUGGCUAUGUUAUUAGUGUACAAGGUAUCCAUGUAGAUGAAAAGAAGGUCAAGGCCAUUCAAAAAUGGCCGACACCUACCUCUGUUAGUGAGGUGCGCAGUUUUCAUGGACUAGCUAGCUUCUACCGCCGCUUUGUGAGAGAUUUCAGCACCAUUGCAGCACCACUCACUACGGUCAUGAAGAAGAAUGAGAAGUUCAUUUGGGGGAAAGCACAAGAUAAGGCCUUCCAAUUACUCAAACACAAACUCACACAUGCACCACUUCUUGCAGUACCUAACUUUGACCUCACUUUUGAAGUGGAAUGUGAUGCAUCAGGUGUUGGAGUUAGAGCCAUACUAAUGCAAGGUGGGAAGCCAAUCACCUACUUCAGUGAGAAACUAAAUGGCGCGGCGAUCAACUACUCGACCUAUGACAAGGAGUUAUAUGCCCUUGUAGGUGCUUUGGAUGUGACGCCCCGAAAAGAAUGA